AUGAACACCUGCUGUUGGCUUCCCGGACAUUCUGGCAGCGUGAGCUGCAAAACAGGUCUGGCGGUAGUGACGCUUCCUGGGCAUGACACCAAGCAUACCCCUGAACGGUCUGUGGAGUUGCUGAUGGAAGAGCAGGUCAGGCAUCAAGGGCAAAAGCAUCAAGGCAUGUCACAAGCGCUUAGACUGCUCCAGGCCUGCAGAUCAGAGAUGUUAGCAGCCGAGGUGGUCGGGCUCAUUACGUUCUACUGGCCCUUCCUGAUGCGAGGAAGCCUGGAAAAGCUAGCGGCCAUGACAACUUUGAAUUCGCAGAACGCUGCGGCCUAA